GUCGCCGCGCGCUAACGUGUGCUGUGUCCGCUAUAUUCACUUUCACAUUCAGAAACAGAAAAACGCGGGAAACCUGCAUGAGAAAUCUUGCAUUUUUCCUGUCAGUACUAUAAUUGCUUUCGUGAAGUAUCGACCGCCGCGAUAUCGGAUUGUUUACAAAUAGUAAUGAUGUGAAAAUAAAAACAAAACGUUCUAGCCAAUUGAAUUGAGAGCCGGUUUUGAAAAAUCAACAAAUAGCGCACGUGAACGCGCUCGGUCCUUUGUUUUCUUCUUUUCUUUCUUUAUCUCCACUCUUUCGCUUUCGACGAUUUGCUUUGGAGCUCUUAAUUUAUGAGUUGCAUAAAAUUCGUGUAAUUUUAAGUCCAUAUCGAUAAUAUUCGAGAGUGUAGUGUCUGUUUAGUGGUUAUUAAUUUUGUGUGGACGUACUUUUGCGAGUGCGUUCGAAGUUUUUAAAGAUUUUGUUGAUAUAAUAUGGGUGUUAUUUGGAGAAUCGCCAUGCCCCUAUUGAGCACGCUUGCCGCGCUGGUUAUUAUAGUACAUUCUGCUGAGGAAGAUUUGGAUGCUGACUACCGAUAUGAUUUGCGACCGAGAGCUUUAGAUACAGGAACACCUAGUUAUGAUCAGCCAUGGAGAGUAGUACAGUCCGAAUCUAUGCUACAUGAAUCUACAUCUCCAGACUGGGACAUAGGUACAUCCGACGAAACUCCUAAACGCCGUAGACCUGGGCGUAAGCGAAAGCGUCGUCCCAUAGAAACGUCUACAGAAGAUGAUGUACAAGAUAAAUAUACCUAUCCAGAUGAAACGUCUCCAUCCAAUGAUGAAACUAAAUAUACUAAUCCUUAUGAAGUAACCGAUCCACCCCGGAGAAGACGUAAAAAAAUAAAUACAAGAAGUAAUCGGUGGGCCGAUGACAAUUUAGAUCCAGAAAAACCUGUGCGUAGAAGAGGGUACAGAAGAAAACGACCGACUCUUGAAACUUGGCCAGAAUUAGCUGGAUAUCGAGCAGUUUCGUCCUCUGCGGAAGCUGAAAAAUUAGUAAGCGAAAAAGAUAUGCAUAUGGACAGUAACGUGUAUAAUAAUGAAUACCGUGUUAGUCUAGUCGAUAAAAGUAAAAUGGAAAAAGAUGAAAACAGAGAAUUUAAUUCAGAUGUUUCACCAGCACCUGAGAAUAGAGCAGUGUUACAUGUAGACACAAAGGAUAACGAGCAGAAAACACAAAUGCAAGAAGAUAAAUCUAUGUCAGAGCUCUCUUCUGAAACAUUUUCGGAAUUACAACUAAAAGGGGAAAACGAUAUCAUAAAUAUACAGAAACAUUUUAAGGAAAAGUCACCGACAGCUGAAAACGAUUUAGAUAAAUUACAGGAUAGCGGCCCAAUUGACCCACAAAAUUUAAAAGACAUUCUAAAAAGGUCUAAUGGGACCAGUUUAAGUGAAAUACUGCAACAACAUAAUUUGUCUCUUGGUGAUUUACUUCAUGGAAAAGAAAAUGUUUUGUCAAUACUAAAAUCGACGGCACCAUCAUCUCAAAUAGAAAAAAGUAGGCCAGUGCUAAAUACUGAAUCACCUUUAGUUACUAACGAGGAAAUAGAACAAAGUUUAAAAAUAUUACCAUCACUGAAUGAUCAAUCCGAAAAUAUAACUAUAAAUACGCAUGGUGCAACUAAAAACUCAAUGCCAAAAACAGAUAAUAACAAUAGUGAAGACUUAACUAACUUAACUUCUAUAUAUUCAAAACAGGAGACAAAUAUUAAGGAAAAUGUAAGAAGUAAACAAAAUAGAACCCGGUUUCUAAAUAGACGACGUUUUCCGCCAGGAAUUCGCAAGAGGUUAAGGAUGAGGCCAAUGCUAAAUAAUACAUUAAAAGGUCAGUUAAGUAGAGAUAUGAUGGCAAUAAACGUGAAGAGAUAUUACAAUAGACGAAAUGAUACAAAAUCACAACGAUGGAAGGAGAUAUUACCUUUGUUAAAAAACGUUAGUAUAGAUAAUGAAAUAGAACUAAACACGGAAAAUAUUGAAACGACAACAAUACUCAUUACUACUGAGGAUAUAACAACGAUUUUAGAUACAGAAACAUAUCUUUCUACAGUUACAGACGAUAUUAAUGCAAAUGUUAAUGAUAUCAGCCAAGGGAGUGAAAUAUCAAACAUAGCCACAACAGAAUCUAAUACGCCAGGAACAGAAACCACAGAAACUGUUACAGAAUUUAACUUAACAGAAAAACCAUUAAUAACCUCAAAUAUUCCGGUACUCAAUACUCCCACUAUAAGACGACAAACCUAUAAUAAUAUACUAAAAAAGAAACGAUUAAAACAAAAGAAUUCUACAGCUGCAACACCUCGAGAGAAUUUAGUAAUAAUUGGCAGUGAUAAUACAAUGUCAGCAUCGGAAUUUACUGCUAAAACUACAUCACAUCCGAAUACAAUAGACGAGAGGCAAGAUUUUUCAACAUUGGAAGACUUCUUAACUACAGAGUAUUCCAAAAACGUUGAAAGCAGUACUCUACAUGUACCUUACUUAAAAAGAACUUUCUCAAAUAAACCUUCAACACACAGAAUUCCAUUAUUAAGUACUACAGAACAAACCGCCAAAUUCGAAAUAGAGGAAAUAUUAAAUGACACACGCACAAGUGUGAAACUCUCGAAAAUAUUGAUGGAAAGAAAUAUGACUAUAAAUGAACUUGUACAACACAGAGAACGAGGAUCAAGUCAUGUUCAUUUGGCAGACAUAUUUCAUAAUGCAUCUAGAGAGCCGAACCCCCCGGAGCCUUUCCUUUCUAAAUCUCUUAUAGAACCAAUAUCAAAAGAAACAUAUCCACUAAGAGCAUUAUUAGAAGCCAAUUUACAUGAUCCAAUAACUAAAGCUACAACAAUAGAUCCUUUACAAUUGCAAAAUAAGUAUCUGAAUAUACCUGUGGUCAUGGAUUUCGGUAAUAAUGUUAAUGAAAAUGCAGAAAACAUGGGUAUAAUGUCACUAUUCAAUAAUUUCACAAGUACUGACACAAGUACUCAUAAAGUUUUACAAAAAGAUUCCCAAGGGACAUUAUAUGAAUCGUCUGUAACAAAUGUUAAUUCCACAAAUAUAAAUGACCGGGAGGGACGUAUGUUAAAUGACAGUCAAGAUUUAACAAGCUGGAAACAAAUAUUUGCAAUGAUUAGAAAAAUUGGUAACAACCAAACAGACAAAGUUAUAGAUACCUAUGCAAAAGAAUUAUCGCCCACAGAGAACUAUAAGGAUAUAUUACAAGAAGACCUUGAUGGAGAUGGAUUGAUAGUAUUGGAGGAUCUGCAACAUCUUAGAGAUUUUGAUAGCAAUAUAGCACCAGAUUCCAUUGAAAAGCUACAAGUUAAUUCUUAUCAAGGAAUAGAUGUGCCUACAAAUAUAGGUAUAUUUGAUAAAAUACCGAACAGCACAAAGUCGGUUACAGUUGCCACUUUAAGUAUAGUAGGUCUAGCAACAAUUUUGUUCCUAUUGACAUAUGCUGCAUUUAAGUGGCGUCAACAGAAAAAAAUUCAUAAAAAGCGCAGUUUCAGCGAUGAAAGAAUUCCAACUCCAGUUUUUGAAAAUAGAAAGGGCAAUAAAAACAACAGUAGUACUCGAAGUAUCAGUCCUAUGCUUUCAUCUUCUAACAUUUAUACAAUGAAUACAAUAGAUUCACGUAAUGGAAAGGACUCUCCUGAAUAUAUGUGGGACACAUUGAGAAAACCAUUUCAAUAAACAGAAAUAUGUCAAAGUAUUAGACUGAGCUUGUAAGUAUAAGGUUUCAUAAUACUGUGUUAUGUUAAUUCAGAAUUAAUAAGGGCCUUUUUCACAAUUAGUAAUUAGAUAAAUAAUUAUGACUUAUAAUGUGAAAAAGACCAUCAUGUAUUGAUUUAAUGUAAUGUUAAACUAGUGACCUGAUUUAUAUAUAUAUUUUAA